AGAGUCUGUAAUAAACACUACUUGUAUUCCUUCUCGCUAGCCAAAAACGAGUCGACAACUGUUUCCUCUUUUGCUUUUGUCGGAAGAGGAUUCCAUCUUGAUUGUUUUUGUUCUGAUGCAGCGGGCCAGCGGGCCAGCGGCUGCUCUCGACCGUGUGAAUGCUUUUGACUGAAGCCUGCCGGGCAUGCCGGCAGUACUUAUGGGUGGUUGGACCUAGCCGGGAGGAAAAAUUGCCCCUUGUUAACCCGUACUACAUCUCCACGUAUUUUCAACAAUACUUGUGCAGAACGUCAACACAACACAGCCCAGCAGCAUGGCGCGGCCUGUGUGGGUGCUCGGCGCCUGGCGGGGUGUGCGAGCCCUGGCACGUGGCCACGCCGCCGCCAGGACUUACACCAUCGUGCCCAGGCCCCAGAAGAAGGUGGCACAGAGGUGCCUCGUGACCACGCCCAGCAUGCAGCACGGGAAGUAUGAGUGGGAGGACCCCAAGUCAGAGGAAGAAAUUGUAAACAUCACAUUUGUUGACCGAAAUGGCAAGAAAAUCCCAGUGCGAGGCAAGGUUGGGGACAAUCUGCUGUACCUGGCGCAUCGCUUCAACGUUGAUCUUGAAGGCGCGUGUGAGGCAUCCCUGGCAUGUAGCACCUGUCAUGUGUACGUGGAUGAUGCACAUGUAGACUGUCUGCCAGAGCCUGUAGAGGAGGAGGAGGACAUGCUGGACCUUGCCGUGUUCCUCAAGGACACCUCUCGGCUGGGCUGCCAGAUCAUCCUGACCAAGGAGCUGGAUGGCAUGACCCUCACGCUGCCUCAAGCCACACGCAACUUCUACGUGGAUGGCCAUGUGCCCAAACCCCACUGAUAUGGAGGCAACACAGCUGGGUUAGGCUGGAGACUCACAUGUGCUCAAUUCAUAAAUAUUCAUCCAUGUCAGACUGAGAAUGAGCAGUACUCAAACCAUGUCAUCUCUGCCUGGGUCUCCUUCACUCAUCACCUGCAAUCAAGUGGUGCUGGUACUUUUAUCACUAGUGCCAAGCCAUCACCUGUAUGUGCAGUACUGACAGAACAAGUUUGUAGCAUCUAAGAUGCAACAUUGAUCUGAUAACAUGAAGUAACUAAUCUAAGUAUGUAGUUUGUUAACAUUGCUGCUACACAUGUAAGCAGAACUAUUUUUCCUCUCAUCUGCAUCUUGUAUAUAUUUUCCACUCUUGGGAGUUAAGAGUGAGGACACUUCCUGGUGAUUGGAUUGCUCUUGUCUACCUAAAUAUUUAUAGUGUCAGAUUCCAUUAUUGUUUAUGAUAGCUCAAUGGGAGAAAUUAAAAUAAGUUUCCAUAUGCACUCUACAUAAUAUUGUUACUUGCUUGCCUGUUGAAACUGUGUGAAAAAUUAAUUGAUCUAUAUAAUGUCCAAGUGUCUGGAUGUGUUGGAAUCACACACUGGAUGGACCUUAGUGCCUUCCCAGAUCUGGACCUCAUUGAAAAGAUGAACUCAAACCUUCAAAAGGACUAGAUCACUCUUGUUAAAAUAUGUAAAUUUUAUAAUCUUGAAUUCACAAAACUUACACAAAUGUUGAUUGAUCACAGUUGAAGAGAUUAAUCUGGAUUUACAAUAAGCACCAGAUUCCUUUUGGGAUUAUAUAUAAGGUUUCUGUUACUCAUAUUGGCAAGUCUUGCAAAACUUAAAUGGUAAUUUGUUAGAUCAUUGAUCCACCAGGCUGAGGCAGCUACUGUCAAACAGGAUCUCAAGGUUAUCCCAAGAUUAAAGGUACCUUCUGAACAUCCCUCACACUUGUUGAAUAGAAUGACAACCAAAGGAGUUUGUUUAUAUGCAUAUAUUGACUAGUAUCUAUUUCUGUAAAUAAAUAAAUAAAUGUAAA